UUUUUUCAACCGUUUCUCUUAGGGUUACAGUUUCUUAAAUAUUCAGUGUCAACUUUUUCCAACUACUUUCUUUAGAGUUUUCUCACCUUUUUUUUUCUCUUUCUUUUACUUUUUUUUUUUUGCUUCCAUUAGAAAUAUCAUGUAUUAUCUUUUUUAUGCUAGUGAAAGGAAUUCUUUCUGUGCAGAUAAUGAAAUAUCUCUAAACAUAGGGUCUUGCAUAGUUCUCCUUCUACAUUGUUAACGUUUUCAAUGAAUUUCCUCGCUUCUUGGAUUAUUUUAUUUGUUUCAUUUUAUUUAUUUUAUUGAUGAAAUUGUGUAAAAAGGUUGCAAGUUCUAUGUUUUAGGGUUUAGGGUUUCUCUGCUUUGGCAUUGUCACUUUCUUCAUUGAAUUCAUAACUUAUUAUUUGAUUUAUUUCCUUAUCCAUGAAUUGCUUUAGAGUUUGCAAGUUCUAUGUUUUAGGGUUUGAUCUAUGAUCUGAUUCUGACAGUGAUUUUAUUUUAGAGUUUAACUUAAUAGUGCAUUGCUAAUCCUUUCAAUGAAUUCCACUUAUUAGUUGAUUUUGAUUUGAUUUGAUUUUAUUGUUUGAUCCAUGCUUUUUUUAGAUUUUGCAAGUUCUAUGCCCGUGGAACAUGUUUGAAAGGGGAGCUGUGUUGCUUCUCCCAUGAGAGAAAUGAGGCUUCUUCAGAUGUAGAUUUGCUUGUUCUAUCAGAAGGGCUACUGUGCUUAUGGCAGUCAAUGCAGGAAUAGGCAUGUCAAACCAUCACAAGCAUCAGCAUCAGCAAAUGGACCUGUAUCUUUGGUUUCACAAUCUGCCAUGACUCAUAGUGCUGCUAAGGGAAAGUUUACUUGGGUUCGGAAGGCGGAUACGAAAGUGUUGUCACCAACUGACAAACACACUAGUAGCUUACAACACAAGAAUCAACAUUCUCAAGGGACUCAUUGUGAAGUUGGUGAAUCGAGCACUGCUGCUAUGCUGGAUGAGAAUUUGUUCUGUGAAUUUGAUGCGGCCAACUGCACCUCAGGGGAUAAGUGUACCAAAAUUCAUGGAAUCCUCUGCUUGUACUGCAGAAAGCCUUGUCUGCAUCCAACCAAUCUGAAACAAAGGUCGAACCACUUUAAGAUAUGCAAGGAAAAGGCUGAGAUAAUGAAGAAUAGUCAAGAUAUAGAAUGCAGUGUUUGCCUGGAGCGCGUUCUGCUGAAGCCUAGACCAUCUCGGCGCAAGUUUGGUUUGCUAUCUGAAUGUGACCAUCCUUUCUGUUUAGAUUGCAUCAUCAGUUGGCGCAAUUUGGCCCCAACCAAUGCAAUGGACUGCCCUGUGUGCCGCAAGCAUUCAUCUUUUUAUGUUCAAAGUGACAUUUGGUAUGCUACAAAGGAAGAAAAACAGGCAAUUAUUGACAAUUACAAGGCGAACUGCAAGUUGAUUGAUUGCAAGUAUUUUAAAUUUGGAACCAGGCAGUGCCCUUAUGGAACUAGUUGUAUGUAUAAGCAUGCUGUAAAACCUGUCUUGCGCGAACAGAGGCAAAACAGGCCACGACCUCAAAUUGGAGGAGACAAUCUCAACGAAUAUGACAUCAUGUCUCAGCUCAGUGAAUUUGAUUUGCAUCCUCAUGAGUUUUAUUCUAUCUUGAAAGACAUGGAGUGGUUCGAUGAUAUGAGUGCAAUGGAGAAGAUGGCUUUAGCUGAUGAACUGGCUGGUCCUACUUACGGAGAUUCACAUUUCUUUCCUCAGGAUGAUUUCUUUGAUAGUGAUGAUGAUUUUGAUGAUGAAGAAUUCGAUCCUAUUGAUGCUGCAAUAUCAUCAAUGAUGAUGUCUGGUAUGCCAGUAUUUGGAUUCAGUGAUGACGAAUACAGCGACAAUGAAGCCAGGGAUGGCAAAGACAGUGAUGGCAAAUCCAUUGAUGAUGAUUAAUGGAUUUAAUUAAGGUUUAGUUAUAAUGCCGUCUUUAACUUGCUUUUGAAGAAUUUGAACACUAGCUGACUGUCUACAACUUUAGGAAUCAACAAAAUGCUGUAUGAUGGUGAAAUUUAUUUUGCAGCCUAAUAUUCAUGUCUGUCUGUCUUUGGAAUUUUCUUGUUAUAUAUAUAUUGUUAGCUCAGCAAUAGAAUUAUAAUGCAACAAUAAUGGAAGAAAGAAAUCUGUGAGAAUAUGUAUUGAAAGAUUCAGCAAAUGCAAAAGUAUGAUGGUCACAUCCCUUACUUUGAGUCUAGGGAAAUUAGACUCCUCACUCUCAAGUUGUUAUUCUUCUCUGCUGUCAUUCUAUUCUCCCCAUACAAUAUAACCCUUUCUUGAAUAUCCCCAUCCUAACUAACUCCUCUGCCUUCCUUUACAAUGCUUUCCAUUUACUUCCCCAUCUAGUAAUCCUCCAUCCAAUUGAGGGGUUUUCUCACUCUCUUACCAACUGGGCCUGCUUCCUUAGUUGAUCCGACUUCAAGUUCUGUAAUCUCUUCAAUUGGGCUGGUUUGUGAGGCUGAGUUGGAGCGCUUGUAUCAGCUAUCCCCUCCCCGACAAUGACCUUGCUCUUAAGGUCCAACUCUGGAAACAUAUACAGCAGCUAGUGGAAGUCCACCCAAGUUGUCUCCUCCUGUGGUAAGCCCUCCUAAUCCACAAGGACCUGGUCCACUUGUUUUCCAUCUCUCGAGACGGAGUGCUUCCCUAAAAUCGCCGUAGGUGCUCGUUAGAAUGCUGUGGGUGCUGCAGCCAGCACCAGGGUCGAGGCAGUACGCCACCUUCCCAACACGUUGCAGGAUGUGGUUAAAGAAGCGUUUGCCAAGCUUUGGAUGCUCCUUAUGGAAGAGGGAUAUUUGACGAUAAGGCUUCAACUUGAGCAAAACCCAAUCCCCCUUUUUGAAUUCCUUGUCACAACGGUGUUGGUCUGCUUGUUUCUUCAUCCGGGUUCUUGCUUGGUGCAGGUAGAAACCCAACUCAUCAUUCAAUAUCUCACGGGUUCUCAAAAAGAGAUCGACUUCUAGCACUGGGGAAGCGACAGGGCAGUAGCCAGAGGGCAAGUUCAUUGGGAAAUCGUGCAACGCCUCAUGCGGUGUCAUCUUGUAGAGUGAAAUGAGCUAUUAUAGCAAAAUUUGGCCCUGGGAGGAAAGGCCACCCAUUGUUGCGGCUGCGAAUGAGAGAAAGCACAUAGGUACUGCUCAAGGGAACGAUUAAUGACCUCAAUCUGACAAUCACUUUGUGAAUAAUAUGCCGUAGUGUAACAUAGUUUGGGUGCCGGUCAAAGAGGCUGCACCAGAAGCGAUUGAGGAAGACUGAAAACGGGGUCUCAGUAAAAAAUAAUGAGAUAGCGAAAGUCGUGUAAUUUAACCACUGAUGCAAUAAAGACUUGCCACUAAACUCGUAGUGAAGUCGGCUCUCAGAGGUUCAAAAUGAGCAGUUUUGCUGAAGCGAUCAACCACCAUCAUAAUAGCAUAACCUGCUGACUUGGGUAACUGAACAAUAAAGUCCAUUAAAAGUUCUAUCCAUGGUCCACACGGCAUAGGUAAGGGAUUGAGGAGUCCUUGAGAUUUGGAAGUUAUGUAUUUGGUAGAUUGGCAUGUGCUGCAUUGCUGAACAAAUUUGUACAUAUCUCUACGUAGGCCUAGCCAAAAAAAUAAAUCACCAAUAACCUUAUAAGUCUUAAGUACCUUAGGAUGCCCUGUCAUAGGCGUCGCAUGAAAUUCAGUAAGUAGCUGAGUACAAAAGCCCUCAAAACCUGGCACCCAGAUCUUCCCUUUAUACAUAAGCAGCCCUUCUUGCAAUAGAUACUCUGGAGGAAAUGCUCCCUUCUUAUAUUGCUCAAUCAGUAACUGAGUGUUAGGGUCCUCCCACGUAACCCAAGAGUGAUGGAGUCAAUGAGGUAUUGACAGUUGAGAAGGCUUGAAGACAGCAAGCCUCAAAGGGUUCUUCACCCUGUCUUGAUAAAGCAUCAGCAGCUAAGUUCAUCUUGCCAGAUCGAUACACUACCUCACAGUCGAAUCCCAAUAACUUUGUAAGGUAAUACUGCCGUUUUAGUAUAAGGACCACUUGGUUCAUGAGUUAACAAAGACCCUAAUGAUCGGUCUUAAUACAGAACCGACGCCCCAGCAAGUAGUGCCGCCACUUGGCCACUGCCUAGAUAAUAGCAUAAAGCUCCCGAAUAUAAGCGAAGCAAUUGACAAGCGCUGGUUAAGCUUUUUACUAAAGUAAGCUAUAGGAUGUCCCUUCUGUGAUAGUAUUGCUCCUAUGCCAUGACCCGAGGCAUCCAUCUCGACCAUGAAAGGUUAAGAGAAAUUUGGAAGAGCCAACAUUGAUGUGUGUGUCAGGGUUGAUUUGAGUCUCUCAAAGGCAAGGUCAACUGUGUGGCUCCAAUGGAAGUUGUUGUGCUUGAGAAGUUCUGUCAAUGGGACAGCGAGGUGUGCAUAUUUAGCCACAAAGCGAUGGUAAUACCCUGUGAAGUCAAGGAAUCCAUGCAGCUGUUUCAGGUUGGAAGGCCUGGGCCAAUCGACGAUGGCAGCAAUCUUAGAAUUAUCUACCUGAACUCCAUGUUUAGUCACCACAUGCCCCAAAUACUCAACUUGUUGCUAACAAAAAACACAUUUAGAGAACUUGGCAAGGAAGUGGUGUUGCUGCAACACAGCGAGGGCUGUCUUAAGGUGAUGUAAGUGCUCUUCUUUGAAUUUACUGUAAAUUAGAAUAUCAUAAAAAAAUACAGUGAUGAACAUCCAGACAUAAGGGCCAAAGACUUUGUUUAUAGUGGCUUGGAAGGUGAAAGGAGCAUUGGUGAGACCAAAGGGCAUAACAACAAAUUCGUAAGGUCCUAAAUGAGUUCGGAAAGACGUCUUUAGAAUGUCGCUGUCAUGCACUCGAAUUUGGUGAUACCCCGAACACAAGUCUACCUUAGAGAAAUAUUCUACACCACACAACUCAUCAAGAAUUUCAUCAAUGGUGGGAAUUGAAAACUUGGCUUUUAUUGUAAUGGCAUUGAAAGCACGAUAAUUGACACAAAAACGCCAACUCCUAUCCUUUUUCCGUACUAGCAACACCGAACUAAAAAAGGCACUAUGAUUCUCUCGAAUGUCCCGGCUUACAGCAUCUCUGCCACUAAUUUCUCAAUCUCCUCUUUUUGGUAAUGGGGUAAUGAUAGAGGCAAACAUUCACCAGAUCAACACCUGAUGCAAAUGUUGUUCGAUAUCCCGUGGUGGAAGUAAUUGAUUAGGUUCUUGAAACACCUUUUGUUAUUCAUGUAGUAAUUUUAGCACUUACUCAUCUAGUUUUGGUGAUUCUGAAGCAGGGUCAGUUGGUUCAAGCAUAAAUGGAGGAAGGAAGCAAUCACAUCAGUCGUUAUUAUUUUAUUAAGAGCCC